AGUUCUCGUUGAUGUUAGAACGGUGCUGGACGUGCUCUCAAAUCUGCAUUCCCGCGGAACUUCCUGAAACUCUUUGCGCGCGAUUUUCCUAUUCUUCACCUGUGUGAGUGAUCAACUUUGAAAUAAAUCCCGAACUUUUUCUUUUCAUUAAUUUUUUUUAUGAAAAAAAGUAUAUAUACACAUAGUAAUAUAUACCAAUGUUUUAUUUUAUCAUUCAUCUCGCAUUUCAGGCAGAUUAAUAUACCAAAGUCUUUGUUUUAUUCGCAUGAACUCGUGUUUGGACAGUGAAUACCUCUCUGAAAAGGAAAAACAAAAUUGUCUUAUCAAUUCUGAGCUUCGUCUCAUAUGAGAACAUUUUUUUUUUAUCUAUGGUGAGCUUUUAUCUGUGGCUGUGACAGAAACAUGGUAAAAUUUCAGUUGGCUCAAUCAACUCGAGGUGAAUAAUUGAAAAGUUCGGUGCAUUUGCAAAUGAGUGACAUUUUUCCUCUCUGCAUUUUUCCAAAUUGCAAUUUCGUUGGAAAUUUGAACGAAACGUGGGGGAUGAUAUAAUUGAUGUCGACACUGAAGAAAAAUAUCAACAUUAUACGAUAGAGUGAUUUUCAACGUUUCUUUUCGCCUGUGCGACACUCGGAGAAGUUUAUUUUUCUUUCUCGUGCAACCAUGAAAAUGAAUCAAUUGCAUACAGUGCGGAAUCUUCUGGCAGUUGCUAUCGUCAGUUAUAUGGUAUCACACACUACUGUCACCGCAGCCAAAUGCAAUCUCAAUCCCUUCUACAAACCAAUUUGUGGUUCCGAUGGCAAGACCUACGGUAACAUUGACAUGCUCAAUUGUAUCAAUAUUCAUCGCCCAUUUCACAGGAGAAUUCAUGUUGUAAGAAAAGGAGAAUGUGCAGCCCUUCUGUGUCCAAGCUAUGAAGAUCUACAAGGGCCAUGGACCAGCGAUACGAUUGUAUGUGCCAACAAUGGCUACAGCUAUGGGCAUCCACAUCAAGUACGCUGUCUCAAGGCAUUUAUACCAACUAUAAAUAUUGCCCACGAGGGCGGAUGUACAAUUCGUGAGGUGAGAAAAUCACUCAACCGACACUUCCGCAAGAAAGCAUGCUCGACGCCAAGGCGACAAUUUGAGAAGAAUAUCGUUUGUGGGCACAACAAUAAAACUUAUGUCAACCCCUUCGAAGCACUUUGCUCCAAUCCCAGAAUUCAUGAGAAAUUGGGCGGUAAGUGCUUCUGUCCCUUCCAAGUGAGUUGUGAUUUUGCCACACGUCUCAAUCGUUCCUUCUACAAUUCUACAAGAGCUGAGAAGGAGCGAUACAUUGUCUGUGGCAGUGACCGAAGAACGUAUCGUUCACAUUUUCACCUCGAGUGCUCUCGUCGUCUGAAUCGAUAUCUGUAUCGAGUGAACAAUGGACCAUGCAAAAAGGAUAAAGACGCUUGUCCUCAAUGGUUGAAAUUUAUUAAAACACCUACACCUGUUUGUGGAUCCGAUAAACGAUCUUAUGUUUCAUAUGAAGCCCUUUUGUGUGCCUCUUCACGACUUCGAAGAAACAUAUUUUAUGUUCAUUCCGGGAAUUGCAUAGAGUAAAGCUCCUGUGAAUUAGUUGAAAAGCUUCGAAAGCUCAUUCAAAGUUUCUGUGUGUAUUAAAAUUUAACGUCUUUUUUUUCGAUUGUACAAAUUGAAUUGGUUAAUGUAGUUCAAGUUUGACGACUUCACUAUAUAAUGGUGGCGAAAGAUACAUUAUUGAUGAUUCAAUAUUAAUCUUUCCUGCUUCUGGUGGACAAAAAGAUCGAAAUCUGUGAUAAAUUGGAAUUUCUUGUAAAAAUAUAUCUCGUGGAAUAAAUGUGGUGUUAUAAUAAAUUUAGUUGACUGUGGA